AUGGGUACCGACAGCAGGCCCGCUCAGAGCGUGAAUGAUGCUCCCCCUCGGGAUGUUUCUGAGGAGAACGGUGUCUCUGAUCCAAAGCAAGUUCCAGCCUUCAUCAGGAACAUGCAUCAGAGACUGACAGGCAGUGCGACUCCAGAAGAGAAGCUGCUGUUGGAGUUUCUGAGGGUGACUGAUGAACACCCUGCUGAUGCUGUGGUGACCCUCCUGCGCUGUGCCCCAUCAUGUGAAAGAGCUGCUGCCAUCAUGUGGAGGACCAUCACCUCAUCGGGAAGGACAGUGGUGAAGGUGCUGCCACAGCUGCUCUGUGUGAUGGAGGACUGGCCACUGCACAGCAUGUCCACCUCUGACGGGGACACAAUGGAUGUCUUUGCCCUGGCUGCAACCAUGGUGAUUUGGGAGAUUCUGCAGAUGUUCUGGUUCCCAGAGUCUUGGAUAGAGUAUUCCCCCCAUCUCCUCGUGGCUCUGCUCUUCCAAGUUCUCAUCAUCACAGAGCAGAUGCCAGAGGAGGUCAACACCUUCUGGAGGGGAUGCCGGGAGCAACACAACCUUCCCACCGAGCCCAACAGGUUUGUGGUGCUGACCCUGAAGGCCCUGCUUUGCCAUCUGGAGUGUGAGGAAGUUGUGGUUUCAAUGGAACGCAAGUGCGGCUGGGACACGCUCCUCAGCGCUGACACCCACCACUACGCCGUGGGUCUGCUGGCCAGGUGAGACCCCCU